UGGCGGACGAGAACUGCAUGUGCUAAAACGAGGUCCGUAUAUAUCUUUUGAUGGGAACCCAGAAUAGAGAGGAGGGAGAAAGGAAAUUAUUGGCGAAAAAUGAUUUUGAUUGCAGACAAAAGACUGCUGUUGACUUCUGUCACAUCAUUGCUUAGAAGACACAUUAUGACAGCAGCUGUACCAAUUGGUUUUGGACCGAUUCCUUGCAAGAAAGGAAAGCCCAGGAAUUUGGAUAAGGAGGUACAUCCAAGGAAACAAAUGAUUGCAGAAAAAUUAAAAGCUGCUGUUGAAAGUCCUUAUUUUGUCUUUUUUCAUUAUGGUGACAUGAAGAAUACUGAAUGGAAUGACUUGCGAUUUGAACUUAGCAAGCAAAAUAUCAGUGUUACAGUUUUUCCUAACAACAUAAGUAAAAAAGUUUUGGAAGGAACAAAGUAUCAUAAUUUGCGACAAUUAUUUGUUAGCACAACAGCAACCUGUUACAGUUCAGAAAGCAAUUUGAAGGCACUGUUAGAUGUCAUGAAGAGUUUUCCAAAAUUGCAACUGAUCGGUGGCAAGGUAGAUAAUGAAAUUUUAAGUUGGAAUCAGAUGAUAAAACACUCAAAAUUGCCAAGUCUUGAUGUGUUGCAGGGACAACUGUUGCAGCUUCUCAAACAGCCAACUUCACAGCUUUCCAGUAUUUUAUGUCAGUCACAAAGACAACUUAUUUCUAAUCUAAAUCAGUAUGUUUCACAGAAUACAGAAGAAUCAGAAGAUAAAUGAAUCCACAUGAAUAUAUAUUUUGGCAAGGAUAUGCCUAUUAGACCACUCAGUGGUCUUGUAGAUACUUUCAAAUCAACAGUCUUUGGAUAAAUUCUCGAUUACAGAACUUUUGUGAUGUUAUCUUGCAGUUUCCUGCUUUUUUAUAUACUUAUAUUUAUACAUGUUUGGCAAGGAAUUUAUUAGUUUACUAUUGAAAACAUUUCCCUGUAAUGUAUGACAAAUUAUUGCAGAACUUCAUAAUAACCAUUAGAUCAAUGGAGCAAACUAAUUGGAUUUAUUGCACCAACCCAAGAAAAAAUAAAUUUUUUUUUUAUUAUAGUAAACAAUUUGAAUGAUCUUCUAAAAGGUUGAGCUUGCUAUCUCACCUGCUGCCACUUUCCAAUAUUACAAACUUUCAUUAAAAAGGAUUUUCUUAUAAGGUCCUCUACGUUUUUUUUUUUUAAUUUUUCAACUAUCAAACAUCUUUGUUUGUCUAGUUUGGUAGCCAUCAUUUUCACACGACUAUUUUCUAUCACUAAGAGAAAAGACAUGGGGUUUUACCAAAAUAUCACAUUCAAAUUAGAAUACAACAACUUCUUUGAGA